AUGGUCGACAACAACACCUUUCUGUCCAAAUUCCGCAAAAACCCCACCUCCCUCUCGUCCAUCCCGCUACUGACCAGGAUCCGCACGAACGACACGUCGAAAUCGGACCAAUCGACCAUUUUCUCUGCAAACUCGGCAGACACCGCAGCCACCGAUGUUUCAGUCCCCAAACGAUUUUUCAGAGUGAGAACCAACUCGUCCACGAGCGAGCUGAUGGUGCCGAUUGUGCCGCCCUCGCCAAAGAAAGACCCCGAAAAACUGCGUGAGAUCAAAGACAUUGCAUUUGAAGUGACGCCCCGGAAGCCACAGACAAAAAACGUCCAUCCGCUGGACCAGCCGAUUCUGGGCAGAAGACCGACAGAAACCACAGAAACAAAUACAGACAACAACAACAUACAGAACGCUGCAGAUCUGCUUGUGACUCUCGUGAAAGUCCUCGUUCAAGCCGUGCAGGUGCUGUGGAACCUCGAUCUAUUUAUCAACGUCGCGCUUACAAAGGAGACCACGACGCGCGUGCACGUGCCAUCCCUGGCCAUUGGUCUGCUGGCCGUGUACGUGCUCUGCUCGUCGUCGAGCCCUCGCUACUACCCACAAGCCGUGCAACCAUCGGGAACGCCACGAUGGUGGCAGUUUUUUUUCUUUGUGGCGGUGCUGGCCGUUGCGGUGAUGAAACUAGGCCAGACACAGGAGUCCGAGGUGAAGCGCGGUGCACCGACGGCAAACGCCCUCACCGCAGCGCACAAGGACGACGAGGACGACGAGGACGACCUCACAAGAAGCGAGAGUUUCCGGUACGAAGGGUUCGUCCGGCGAGCAGCACGCUACGAGUAA